AUGAAGAUUCAUUUCAAAGACGCGUUCACUCUUUUCGAUAAAAAUGGCGAUGGCUGUAUUACGACGAAGGAAUUGGGAACUGUUAUGAGAUCACUUGGUCAAAAUCCCACUGAAACGGAACUUCAAGAUAUCAUAAAUGAAGUCGACGCUGACGGAAAGAAGACUAUUGAGUUCAGUGAUUUCUUGUCAAUAUUAUCUGCGAGAAACACGAUGGAUCGAGACGACGAUGUCCGUGAAGCAUUUCGUGUGUUCGAUCUCAAGGGGUCCGGAUAUGUAGACGGUAAAGAGAUUCAACAUGUGCUUGAAAACCUGCAAGAGUUGGAAAUACCUGACGCAGAAAUAAAGGAAAUGUUAGCGUUUGCUGACGCCAACAAUGACGGGCAAAUUAAUUAUGAAGAAUUUCUACGAAUGAUGCGAUUAUGUGAUGAAGAUAAAUGUGAUUCGUCAACAAGCUCAUUGACAGUUUGA